AUUGGAAGCCAUUUUGUUUAUUUCAUUCAGUUUGUGUAAUGGUGUAUCUAGUUUAUUGGUCUCUGAUGGUGUAACACGCAGUCACAUCAGUGCCCUUUUAAUGAACCACUGAACUUGAAAUCCUAUGUCUGAAUAAAUCUUGACAAAUCACUAAGAUAGUGUGCCUGACAGUUUAUAUGUUUAAAAGCGCGAGUGACUAUUUACGAAAGCAUAAUAAAUGCAAACUUCGGAGAUAGAUAACAAAAAUAAUAAGACGCAUCAUGAUGAUGAGGCAAUCAACUUUCGGCCUUCGCCGAACUUUAAACACAUGAAAAAAUAUCUUAAAUCUAAAUUUGAAGAAUCUAGUAAUCCAUCAACACCUAAUGGUAAUGAUGAUCAGCAUUACAGCAACGAUUCACAGGAAGAAGUUAACGGCAAUCAUGGAGAUAUUCAUCCACCUUUGCCACCAAAUCCACCCCCACCAGAUAGUCCACCGACUUUUACAUCAAAAAAAGAAGUAGAAGAUGAUGAUGACGAUGGUGAUGAUGAAGAUUAUAGUGAAUUAGUAAAUACGUCAGAUAUGUCGUACCAUACUAGUAAAUCUGAAGAGAUGGUGACUGACAUCAAAAAUAGUCAGCCUAAGGAAGAAAAAGGAAAAGAGGGAGAGGAAAUUAUGUGCCGAAAUUUUAUACGCGGCACCUGUAAUAGGGGCGCGUCGUGUAUAUUCGUCCACAAAGUGAUAUUAUCACAGUUGGACAAUGUCUACAAAUUUUGUAAUGAUUUUCAAAACUCAGGUUGUAAAAGACGUAAUUGUAGAUUCGUUCACGCAACGGUAUUCGAAAGGGAAUCUUUUCGGAGAACAGCAUAUCUGCCGCCGCAUGCUUUUAGUCACCUAAAAGAAAAUAAUAAUAUUCAGACGCCGACCCCAGCUGAAGCUUCGCCCGUGAAUACAAUCCGGGCCCCCGACAGUCAUCAACCGCCUCCUCCAAAACUUGACAAUGUCACGCCACUGCCUGUAAUAACUUGUGCCCCAGCCGCGAGUGUUGACUCCAGGACCACGAUCGGCGACGUGUUCCGCACAGUUAAUGUGCCUGAAAGUAACCCUUUAAAGCGGGAAUGGACAGAUAUGGAUGACUUCAGCAGCUCACCGCGCGACUUCGACUGCAGUGAACCGACUAAGAAAUGCAAGCAUUGCGAUAUUAAUGAGUUCAGGUCGCAACUCAUUAUUACUAAAACGAAAAAACUUAGGCAAAACAAUGAAGACUUGAACAACAAGAUAACUUUAAUUAACAGUAAGGCGCAGAGACUCUGGACGGUGUUAACAUCGAUUAUAAAGUCAGCGUCGCAAAAGUCAAAAAUUCCUGGCAAUGGCAGUAGCUUCUUGAAUAUUACUGAGGAUACGAAACAGGUACUGAGAGAACAAGUCGCGAUGCUUUCUUCGAUGUCUGCCUUCAACGAAGACAAUAACAAGGUAUUAAGGGAUCAAAUCGCCAUGCUAUCGUCUACUGAAGAAAACAAGAUUACAAAUUCUGGGAACCCUGGCUUCCAGAGCUUCCUCACCAAGCUGUUAAUCGGUUCGAUAGACCCAUUGCUUUCUCCCGACGCGUCCUGAUGUAAGACAUCCGAUGUAUCAUUGAGUGUACAUCCGAAUACGCCUAGCACAAACAAGGAAAACAAUAUUACGCCAACAACAGUCGCCCCAAUACCGACAUCAAGUACGUGAGGUUUAUGUGUUUACGAACAAUUAUUAUCAGCAAUAAUUAUUAACAUUCACAAAAGUGCGUUUAGCUAGCAUUGACCUUAAGACAUUUUAUUGUAAUUCGUUGAACUUGCCGUUACGCAAUUCUAAAACUAUUAUAUUGAAUUAAGACGAACAUCAAUAGUAAUAAAUAUUUUAUAUUAUUGACAUAUGUAGGCAUUCGGUUGACUGUAUAUCAUUCUUGAAAUGAGUGAAUUGUCUGUAUUCAAUAUGAGACUGUCACAAGCACUGUAAGUAGUCCCAUAGUGGACCGUAAAGCGAUGUUUCAUAAAUAUAAGCCAUCAAGAUAAAACUCUUAAAUCGGCCUUAAUGGUCUCAUAAUAAAUACAGGGUGUUCCGAGUAUAAUGGAUGACACCUAGGGAGUAUAUCAAGUGAGCGGACAGCGAAAAAUAUUGUGGUUCUGAAAUUCGUUUAUGUUCAGCCUAUUUGUAGAGUCAGUAGAUGUGACUGAACAUGUGAUAUUUGCUAACAUGGGUUUUAGUUAAAAAAUUAUGGUAUUAAAGAAUUCAUAUCAAAUUCAAAGAUUUUAACGAGCAAGUUAUGAUUUAAAAUAAACCGCUUUCCAAAAAGCCUUUCUCCUUUCUUAUAAUCCUUCUUAUCACCGUAGAUUUUUAUUUUAAACAUUCUGAAUCUUGAAAUCUGAUUUCUUGCGGAAGUUAAAAGGCAUAUUUGCUGAAACUGAAACGAAUAGGCAGUAUAUGAUCGAUUUCACAGCAUCACCUUUUUUUUCGCAGUCCGGUGCACCAGAAAUACUUCCAUUUAUAAUGAUGCUUAUGAGGCAUUCAACGUGAAGCGAGCACGCAGAAAAAUUUGAUGUCUCAGAUUUUCAUAAUAUUUGAUUAUGUUAUACCUGUAUGUGUCCUCGAUCCAGAUACAAAAUAUUUUUAAAGUAUAAAGUCUGGUUACCCAGUUAAAGGGCUUUGAAAUUUUGACUGGCCGGCUGGUAUACCCCUCUUCGAAUCACAUUAUCAAGUUUAAGUAAAAGUAAAAGUUACAAUAUAAUAAAUAAAGCAGUAUAUUAAAUACUUUAUUUAAUGAGCUUUUUUAUUGUAUGUUUGGAAAAUGAUUUUUUUUUUAUUUAUUUUUAAAGUUUCAAAACUUGAAUUUCACAAUGUUGGCAUAUUUAUAUAUUUUUAAUUUUUUGUUCUAAAAAUAGCUGGUAUUGUAUAUAUAAUCCCUGCGAAAUUUCAUAAUAGGCUGAGAAGUCGUUUAGGAGCUAGACCGGUUACAGUUCCGAAGCGCGGCAAUUUUUACUAGUUCGCACUUUCUGGCGCCUUAAAUUGUGAAUUUUUUUUUUCAAAAACAAUUCCUUUUUCCAAAGAUACAAAAAAAAAUCUCAUUUAAAAAAGUAUUUAUUUCAUUGCUUUAUUUACUUUAUUGUAACUUUUAAAAACUUGAUAAUGGGAUUCGAAGUGGGGUAUACCAGCCAGCCAGUCAAAACUUCAAAGUCCUUUAACUCGCUAACCAGACUUUAUACUUUAAAAAUAUUUUGUAUGUGCAUCAAGCGCACAUACAGGUAUAACAUAAUCAAAUAUUACAAAAAUCUGAGACAUAAAAUGUUUGCGUGUCCGCUUCACGUGGACUGCCCCUUAUUUAAGAGUCUUGUAUUGUUUUUAGUUCAAAAAAAACUGUACGCUUUCAAAGGGUUUGUAUUUAUGGAACAUUUUCUGCAGCCCACUGCGUCGUUCUGGAUUGCCUUGGAGAAAUAUUUGUAUAAUUGACUUUAGAUCACACAACAUGGUAUUUUAACAUUGGCGCGUACUAUGUUACACUGUAUUGUCUCAGAACGUGUUCAGUGUGCGAACGAAUUCGGCGACAGUGUAAAGUUAGCUCUGUGAAGUCCGUUUGUGAUUUGGCGUAUGUAUGUCUGUCUGUAAUCUGUAUUAAAUGAAUUUGAAUUUAAUUGACGAUAAAGAGUAAUAUGUGUAUUGUGUUGUCCAGUAAAUCGGCGAAGGAACCAUGUGUAUCGGCGAGGUAGUUAUAAUAUUUCUCUGAUAUUUGCAGUAACAUGACUCGUUACUGUGUGAUCUGAAGUGCACGGAUGGUAUUUGGAUUGUAAACUAUAUUACAAAAUAAUCGUUAUGAUAAAAGGGCUGUUAAUUCUUAUGAAGAGCAAUAUGACAUAUUAUAUUCUUUGUAGUUUUUUUUAUAUUUAUUAUAUCAUUUUGAAUAAAUAGGCAGAUUCGGGUGGAAAACAUUACAAUUAAUUAAAUGUAAUAGAUGAGGAAUGGCGACCAACACAUUCGACAAUAAAAAUGAGGCGUGGCCAAAUUAUUUCCUCACGUGCCACCUCUGUUCGAUAUUCCAUCCAUCCCCGAUAGAGAUAAUAUUAAAACAACUUGGUGCUACACAUGGUUUCUUCCUCGUCUAUUUUUAAUAGUUUGACGUAUAGGAACUCUUUAUUUGUGUAAUAUCUUGUAAGAUAAAGCAAUAAAGUUGUUUCCUACCAACAUGCACGGUUAGCAUUAAUUUCACCGAUCUCGUAGGCCAGCCACGUGGCCCUGACGUGUAUUUUAAGCAUCCUUUGAAGUGAUAUUUUGUAAAGAUUUUGUGUCUAUUUACUAAAUUAUGAUAUAACAUGUUUAUAAUAUUAUUAUGGGUAUACCUAAUAUAUUGUGGUGACAAAAUGAUUUACAUAAUUUAUACAUUUUAUAGAUAUUCAAAAAUCAAAACCUUGUUGACGGAUAACCUAUUUGCUAUACAGCGGAUAAACAAGUAGUUAGUUCUUCAGAUAAGUCCAAUACAUGUUGGGCGCCGUCCAUACAUUACGUAACACGAAUUUCUCACGUGGCCACAUUUGUGGAACCACCAUCGGUGUGAGGUUAUACAUAACCAGAAAUAGAAUAUAUUUUGAAGUUAUUUUGUUUAAAAUUAUUAUUCUAUGUAUUAAUUUAAUGAACACUUUGUCAAGUGCCGUCAUGAAAGUUAUGACCAUCGGCCCUGUCACGUAAUGUCACUUCGUUGACUUCCUCCCUUUUUAAAGUGUGACGUAAUUUGUGGAUGGUGUCUUGGUUUGAAUUCAGUUUAAUAUCUCAAUAUGUAGUCAUUAUUAUUUCUCACGACUUGUAGUAGGUAUUCAAUUACUAACAAUUAUAAUAUAAACGUAUAUCCUGGUUCAUAAUUAAUAUUCACAAAGGCAAUCAAGGGAAUGUAGAAAUUAUAAUAGAUAUGAGCAAAACAUUUGCAGUGAGAUCUAAUGUUAUUAUUAAAGACUUUUAGUACAUUACAAAAUGUAUGCUGAGUGUUUCUGUUCAGCGACUUUCUGUCAAACAAAACGCAAAAAUGUUACCAAUAUGGCCAUCACUAUUCAUAAUUAAAUAUUAUGUACUGUACUGUAAUAUAUUUUAUGCCCUACUUGAUAACUGUGUUAAAAAUGACCACUAAACAGUAAUUUUGGAAUUAAAUCAAUAUUUUUCGCGUUGUUGGACUACUAACGCCUUUGUUGCCGUUAUGUAUGUUUAAUUACGAAUCGGGAUGAAGUACAGAAUACAUGUCCAGCUGAGGUGGCCUUCAAGUACUUGUGAUCUAACGGCGUAGCGUAUCGAAGCUCUGGACUAUGCGUGAAACAUUACAGACGUCUGGGCAGUAGAGGUUUGUAGAUCAGUUUUGACUAGAGAUAAUAUAUCGAUUUACAAUUUGAAUAAUAAUAAGUUUCCGCAUAAUCUUGUUCGACUUACUGGAUAGCAGUAUUAUCUGUUUUUACAAUUUCUUAUACAUUAACAGUCUUACUUAUAAACUUGUUUUAGCGUUAAGAGGUGGUUAAGAAUUGCUUAAACAGCUGUCAAAAACAUCACCGGCUCCUAGUUUAAACCUAAUUAAGAGGCAAGAUGGCGGGUUUUGAGUUACAGCUGAUUUUUUAUAAGUAAGACUGUAUGUUUUCAACCGUUCUGUCAAAUGUUUUUUUCCAUGCGCGGUGUUGUUGUAGUUGAGUUUCUGUUGCAAUGUACAAUGUUAGACUGGAAAGAAGAGCCAAUGGCUAUAUUCUUCAUAUCGAACCACAGCUUGGAUUUUGUCAGCUCGUAAUAGUCGUCUCUUCAGCUUUAAUUUAAAUUCGAGAUUAAAAUACAUAUGCACUUAGCAAGUAAAAACACGGUAUUUUGGGUAGACAGGUAUUGAAUACAAUGAUUAUAAUUGAUUUAAAUAUUUUAAUAAUGUGUAUUGUCAUUCAAAUAUUUUUAUAACAAUGCUAUAAAUGUUAUUGUGGAUAUCCGAUAGCUCAUUAUGACAAAACCCCCCGGGGUGGCCUUGUAUUUUAUAAUUAGGUUACACAUUGACUGCGUGGCACCCACCUGCUGAGUUUGCAAGUAAGCUCAUACGCCAGGCUUGUGUCAAGGAAGCCUUAUGUCUUAUAAAAAAAUGAAGGCGCGGUAGUGGAUUCGAAUAUUCCGCUCUUUGGCGCGACAAUGAAUGUGUAUUAGUAUGGUAUAUGAUAGUUUUAUUGUGACGCGUAUUUUAGAUGUUUCUAGGAUAUUUAAAGACUUGCACAAAAUGGACAUAAAACUAGUUUUCGGAUUAAAUCGCGGUUUUUUAUAUCUAGUUUUCCUACGUUUCGAAUACUUUGCAGACUUAAUGGUCUCGGGGUGGACUGAAGGCUGCAAUAUCUGAAAACUGGUUUUAUUUCGACGUCUAACAUUUGCGUAAAUAUAAGAAAUCACAUGAAUGUAAUCACAUAGUGUAAUGAAUUGAAAUUAUACGCAAUAGUGUGAUUCGACCGCAACAUAUUGGAAGUUUCCAUAAAAUACCUUGAUCAACUUACAUAAUCUUAUGUAUUUAUUUUAUAGUGUAUAUUUGUGCAAAGUUUCGAGCUAUAGAUUCGACGUGCAGUUUUAUACCUCUCUCACCAUUUAAUCUAAUUUCCAAUGAUUAUUUUUAGAGCGUGCUUCCGUUACAACCGAAAUACACCAGAUUUUAAUGUAAUAUGAAUUGCUAGUAGUUUUGACCAGGCGUUAUGAUGCUGGCGCCACACUUAAUAUUUAAUUUGACUGCGGACACACUUGUGUUUAUGAGUGCACAAUGUCAGUUGCGCUUUACUACUUAAGUGAUGAGGCAUGAGGAGGGUUGCUCCGGUGCAGUUGGCACCGAAGUCAACGCGUCCGUGUCUUGUAUGUAAAUAAAUGUCGUAGUGCCCGUUAUAUCAGUAAACAAAUAUUGCCAAAACUAUCGUAUAAAAUAGCGUUACUACUACCCUAGAAUAAAUCGAAUGAAUUCACCAAGUGCCUGAGGCCGUUGUCAAUGCUGUUUUAAAAUAUCGAAUAAUCUGGUAAUAAUUAUUAUUAUGAAUACGAUUCAUUUUGUUCAGUGUGGCCCUAGCAUCUGCCGGGACACGAUAACUUUAUAAUACUUAAUAUAUUCUGCGUGAAAUUAGUUGAUCUAAAAGGUUUUACUCUGUAUGAGUUGCUUGUUGGUUAUACAAUAAUAAUAUGACGAAUAUAACGAUUAAUGAUUAACAAUAAAAUUGUACAAAACAA